AACGUUACUUGUAUGAAUAAAGUUAAACGAGUCAAACGAGUAUGAAAAGUCAACAGUGACGUCAAUGCUUUCUGAGUAAACACUGUACCAUUUAUAAGUACUGAACGAAAUACUUAAAACCACAUUAUUCGGCUCCGUAUACCUAUCUCUUUCUAUAAAACUCCAGUACUGAUGGCGCUUCUGCCUCUAUCUACAGGGCUCUUCUUUUCCUUAUGUCCUCUUUUUGUCCUCCUUGGGGGAUUCAUGGCUGUAACAGUAGAGGGCAAAGCCCGGCUUUUGGAUCGGAGGCGGGGUUGUUGCGUGUGUGCCUGUGUGUGUGUGCUGAGUUUAGGGAAAACCUGGCCGAAUGGAUUUCAGUGCAGCCUCCGCAGGAUUACUUACAUGCCCGUGUCUGUAAGAUAACAACUGGAGGCUAUGUACGGCGGCUGGUGGCUCUAACUUCUCCCGAAGACAGUGAUUUAUUGUGAAGCACCCAGAUUUCCCCAUGUUCACGCUUGGAUCCAGAAAGCGACGAUCUAAGGGCUCGGGAAGCGACGGCAUCCCAGACGACAGCCUGCCCUGUGCUCGCUGUGGCGACCAGUGCCCCGGCUUCCACAUGCACGGAUGGAGGAAAACCUGCGUUCACUGUCGGUGUGUCCGUGAGGAGCACGGGCUCCGCUCCGUGCCGGGAGCAUUGGACAGGAUGAUGGCUAAGCUAGUGGCUGAUGUCCGGAGACAUUCCAUCUCUGAUGACGACUCGGGGUGCGCCUCUGAGGAGUAUGCUUGGGUACCCUCCGGGCUCAAACCCGAACAGGUGCACCAGUACUUCAGCUGUAUUCCGGAGGACAAGGUGCCCUAUGUCAACAGCCUAGGGGAAACGUACCGAGUUAAACAGCUUCUGCACCAGCUGCCAGCACACGACAGUGAGCAUCAGUACUGUAACUCUCUGGAUGAGAAUGAGAAGAGAGAACUUCAGCUCUUUAGCCAGAAGAGGAAAAGCGAGAACCUGGGCAAGGGGAAUGUGCGGCUGUUCCCUGUCACCAUGACCAGCGCCAUCUGUCGGGAGUGUGGCCGGCCGAUCCAGGGGGGUGACCUGGCAGUGCUGGCCAGCCGGCCCGGGCCAGGCGCAUGCUGGCACCCCCAGUGCUUCCUGUGCUGCCAGUGCCGUGAGCUGCUGGUGGACCUCAUCUACUUCUACCAGGACGGCCGGAUGUACUGCGGGCGGCACCAUGCCGAGCAGAUCAGACCGCGCUGCCAGGCCUGUGACGAGAUCAUCCUGGCGGACGAGUGUGCGGAGGCCGAGGGGAGGCAUUGGCACCUGCGACACUUCUGCUGCUUCGAGUGCGAGGCGGCACUGGGCGGCCAGCACUACAUCAUGCGCGAGGGGCGGCCUCACUGCUGCUCCUGCUAUGAGUCCCUCUACUCUGAUUACUGCGACUCCUGUGGGGAGGUCAUAGGGAUCGACCAGGGCCAGAUGACCCACGAGGGCCAGCACUGGCACGCCGCCGAGUCCUGUUUCAGCUGUACCCGCUGCCGGCUGCCGUUGCUGGGCCGGCCCUUCCUUCCUCGCGGGGGCCUCAUUUUCUGCUCACGCCCCUGCUCUCUGGGGGAGGACCCUUACAGCUCUGACUCCUGCGACUCGGCACUGCAGAGCGGAUCCCGGCGGACGCAAUGUGUGGAUGCCACCGGCCCGAUCCAUCGGCAGCGACGGUGUCACAGCACCACCCAGUGUUCAGAAAACCUCACUGCAGCAGGCUGCUGCGUUCCAGAGAAGGGCAGCAUAAAUCCGGGUUCGAAGCACACCGCCUCCAGUGGGGCACAGCCAAACGGACACCUCCCUGCUCAAAGCCCCCAGCCUCCAGACCUUCGCCCCAGUGUCGCUCGCCCUCAAAGCAUCACGAGUGACGUCACAUCAGAGUAUCUGGAGUUCCUCCCAAAAUGCUCCUCAAGAGGCACGUCAACUGAGAAGGAAGCGGAAAGUGUAGGCGAGCUUGGCAGCAGAGUGUGUGACGACUCGGCUGCUCCCAGUGAGAGUCCACCCGCCUCCCCAGCUGUUUCUGCACUGCCUGCUACCUCCCUACCACCCGAUCCGUGCCCCCCACCCCCACGGCCCAGCGGCGCCAGGGUCAGCUUCCGAGAGCCGAUCAGCUGCAGCUACCUGAUAGACGAGGAGGAUGUUGAUGAGGAAGAGCAGGGGCAGGGCGAGGCCCCUACGUGUGGGAAGCUCCGAUUCCAGAGGCAAACGGCGCGAAUGUGCGGAGCCCCACGCAUGGACUUGCUGGCAGAUGGACCGUACCAACAGCGCACUUCCCGAAGGGGUGGUUCAGGCUGGAGCCACAGUCAGGCCGCCUCUGGCACGCCCCCUCACCUGAGCACGAGAAGGCACCCCCGGCGGACUAACGCUACCAGGCCCUGCCUGGAUGCCCUGGACUGGCAUGGGGACCUGGAGAAGGGCCCACCUGCCCACAACCAUGCGCCUCUCACCCUGUUGCCCAGCCGCUGGAAGCACGAAGAUCCUUGCUCCACCUGCUCCUCCUCCUCCGAGUCCGAGGAGGAGGGCUACUUCCUUGGACAGCCCAUCCCGCUCCCCCCACAGCUCCGUCAGUCUGUAUCGGGUGGAGGGCGCGGGGCGGGAUUGAGGGAAGGAGAGACGGGAUCCAGCAGGCGGGAUGGGAGGGCGAGGGCCCGCAGCUUCAGUGGGAAGGAUGGAGACACGCACUGCAGCAUCUCCUGAG